GUUCUCUGGUCCGUCAGACCUCAGUGCUGCUCUUGUGUUUCCUCUCUGCAGGUACAGAGCUCUCACAUUCAUCCUCACCUUUCUGCUUUACACCAGCUUCCACCUCUCCAGGAAACCCAUCAGCAUUGUCAAGAGCGAGCUCCAUAAGAACUGUUCAUCUGUCAGUGACCUAGCCACCAUUGCCUCCAGCAGCAGCAGUAGCAGCCAGCAGCCCUUCCUGCCAUCUCUUCACACAGACAUGGACUGUAGCUGGAAACCUUUUGAUAAAAGGAACUACAGGCAGCUGCUGGGAGCCAUGGACUACUCCUUCCUCUGUGCCUAUGCAGUGGGAAUGUACCUCAGUGGCAUUAUCGGGGAGCGCCUGCCUAUCCGACUAUAUCUAACAGUGGGCAUGCUGACCAGUGGCCUGUUCACCUGCCUAUUUGGACUGGGUUAUGUCUACAACAUCCACAACCUGGGCUUCUAUAUAUUUGUCCAGGUGGCCAAUGGCUUGGUCCAAACCACUGGCUGGCCCAGUGUAGUGACCUGCAUUGGUAACUGGUUUGGGAAAGGAAGGCGUGGACUCAUCAUGGGGUUGUGGAACUCUCACACCUCAGUGGGAAACAUCCUGGGCUCUCUGAUCGCAGGCUACUGGGUCUCCUCCAACUGGGGCCUGUCCUUCAUUGUACCAGGGCUCAUUAUUGCUUUCAUGGGCAUCGUCUGCUUCCUCUUCCUCAUUGAGCAUCCAAAUGACGUGAAAAGCAUGUAUGCUCAAAAUACGUCUCCGGGCAAGAGUGUUCCAGCCAAGAGUUGGAGUGGUGUAAAUGGACACACUGGGGUGUAUCUGCAGUACAAGGACAACAAAACCCAGAGCUACGACACAGAGCUGCUGUUGCCCCGGGACAGUGUGUGUGUCCCCACACAGCCGGUCGUGGUGGUAAAGAGAGAAUCAGAGCCGUCCGCCAUCAGCUUCAUGGGAGCUCUACGCAUACCAGGAGUGGUCGAGUUCUCUUUGUGUCUGCUGUUUGCCAAGCUGGUCAGCUAUACCUUCCUCUUCUGGCUGCCACUCUACAUCACCAAAGCAGCUCAUCUAGAUGCCAAGAAGGCUGGAGAUCUCUCCACCCUGUUUGAUGUGGGAGGAAUAGUGGGUGGGAUCUUGGCAGGAGUGAUAUCUGAUAAACUGGGGAAGAGAGCCACCACCUGUGCAGUCAUGCUGCUGCUGGCUGCUCCCACACUGUAUGGCUUCUCCAUGAUCAGUGAGUUUGGGCUGGGGCCAACCAUUGGCAUGCUGUUAGUGUGUGGAGGCCUAGUCAAUGGACCAUACGCCCUCAUCACAACCGCAGUGUCUGCUGAUUUGGGGACCCACAAAAGCCUGAAAGGCAAUGCCAGAGCAUUGUCUACUGUCACUGCCAUCAUCGAUGGCACAGGAUCUGUAGGUGCAGCACUGGGCCCCCUGCUGGCUGGGCUGUUGUCUGCAGGCGGCUGGGAUCAGGUCUUCUACAUGCUGAUGACUGCUGACUUCCUUGCUCUGUUGCUUCUGCUACGGCUUGUGACAAAGGAGCUGACGUCAACUAAAUCCCGUCCCAUCUCCACUGUAGAGUUGAAGGAACACUGAGCACUUUGAUUGCACUGCCUCCACGCAGGAGAUCACAUACACACACAUAUGCUCACACACCCACACACACAGCAAUGAAACCACUUGUCUUAGCCUGAAUUGGACUGUGGCUCUGACUGUCCUGGACGUGAGAUAUUUACCACACACACACACACACACACACACACACACACACACACACACACACAGGCACAUGUCAACAAAGCAACGUGUGUGUGUGUGUGUGUGUGUGUGUGUAUGUGUGUGUGUGUGUGUGUGUGUGUGCAUUGCCAGCUACAGUAGUUAAACAGACUGUACUUGCAUCCCUGAGGAAGAGCUCAGGCUCAAGUUCUGGCUGGUGGACCAAAAAGACCUGCAGCAGAUCUCUGUGUGGAGGAUUCAGAAAUGCACACAUAUUCAACUUCUCUCCUUCUGUUGACCUAUGGCAGCCAGGUAGAGCUUGAACACACUACCUGCUUGUCUCCUCAAAGGACUGGCACAGAUAUGAAACUAGCCUUACUUUGACAUGUAUAAUAGAGCUAGAAGUGACAGCUAUUUAUUUUGGAUAGCAAUCUUUGAAAAAGCAACUUCCAUGAGACUGUGUCCUUGCGGAUCCUGCUGUAGUUCUCCACCUAUUUUUAAUCCCUUAGCUAACCAUAACAUCUCUGAGCUAAACAGUCAAUUUUAUAUCUAAAUCUAACCAUCUCAACUAUUAUACCUAUUUACAUAUUUUAUCUUUGAACCAUGUUGUGCUCAUUGGUGGUUUGAAAAAACAGCCGAGCCAGUCAGAGCCUUUAUAAAUAUAACUUGUUAGUUAACAAGAAAACGCCACAGUGCAUCUUUAAAGGGUCAGUUCACUCAAAUUUAAGAGUUCUGCCUCCACUCCAGUACAAUGGGGCUGAUUUAAAUUCUUUUUGUGGUUCAACAGCAGUCUUUCCAGACAUAGCGCCCGUUAUUUUAGAUAAUCCACAGAAGACACUGUCAAGUUUUUAUAGGGACUAUGUCUGAAAAAGAAAGUAGUUCAACCAAAACUACUAGUGUUGUGCAUUAUCUAGAAUACCAGGAACACUGUUUCUGCAUGUUUCUAUUGACAUUUGUAAAUGUCGUAUUUUAAUGCUUUGAAAAAAUCAAAUUUUGAUUGAAUUGGGGUGGAGACAGGACUCUCUGCUUGGACAAAUAAAGCCAAAACUGUGUAGAUGGAUGGAUGCCACUAGAGAGUGGUGUAAAAUUAUAAUUGUAAUUUAUGCAAACUGACCCUUUAACUUGAAUAAAAAAUAAAUUAAAAACAAAACACUGGUACCUUCUUAUGUUUACACCAGGCAGCAACCUUUGAGGCUGAAAAAUGAAGCAGGUGUGGAAGUGCCAAAAACUGCAGUUUACUGAACGGUCACUUGAGGCCGGCUCCCAAACAGAGUCUGUCCCCAAAGAUCCCCAUGUUAAAAUGCCCAACUUUACAGCAGAAAUAAACAUUUUUACAUCCUGGAAGAAAAAACUGUUUUAGACUCUAUAGCUAAUUUCAUCAUUCAUGACAACUGUACAUGCAUGACUAAUAACUCACCUGUUCACAUUUUAAUAAGGCCCAAAGUAACUCAUAAAUAAGGUCAGGGCAGCUUAAGUGACAGGCUGUCUGCAGAUAUUGUCCUUCCUCAGCUUCUCAUUCAGAUGCCAAACUAGGGGCUUCAAAACGGCAGUCCACAGACCAAUGGGUGACAGUAGCUACAUCCAUUAUUUACAGUCCAUGGUUCACACUAUUAAGCUAGUGUUUUGUUUUGUUUUUUUAAAUUCUGUUUCCAUGUGAUAUGACAGUCCUAGAUGAAAUUUUCUCUCUUUACCAUUUAUAUUAAUGUUGUCCUUUGGUCAAAGAGUAUUUUUGUUAAUAAAAAGAAAGAAAUGAACUGUCCAGCUGAAAAACUGCUCUUGGUAAACACAUGAGUUUGUCAGAGGGGUGCUGGACCUAAAUUCUGGGUGAAGCUGUAUGUGUAAAAGGAACACAGACCAACAACAACAAUAGACAACUCGCCUCUUUUGUGGAAGUUGCUGUUUCACUGUCACCUUUGCCUUACUGAACCAAAGAGAUUGCGGGGAUCAUGUUGUAAUUUAAGUAAGAGACUACUUAUUUUGAAAGUCAUUUAAGUUAUUCCUGUUGGUUAUGUGGUGGUUUCUUUUUUUUCCCUUGAAUUUGUUGUAAAAUUAAGGCACCAAAGUUGUAUUUUUAUAUCAGAGCUACAGAUGAUAAUGUAUGUUUUUCUGUGGAUGGGAUCUGAGAUAUUGUGAAUGUAAAUUUCUUCAAAUUAGAUGACUUAAGUUUUCAAACCUCAUAUGGAUAUAUUUUGCAGUGCAAUGUUGAUAAGUUAAGUUUGUGUUUAUGAUAGUUGGUCACAGUAAAUUAAUGUCAUCUCACACUUUAAACUUGGAAUAUCAGGAAAUUAUUCCAAUGUCUGAUCUUGUAAGCAUAAAAAAUCCUAUCUUUGAGAAUCAUUAAAGUCAGACACAAAAUAC